CUCGAGUGUCGUGAGAACUUUGGUUCCCUGAGUGUCGCGCUUACUGUCCCCCCUAAAAUUAGAGUCUUUUUAACGCUGGAUUCUGUUUUUGCGCCAUUUAUAAGUAAGCCAAUAUGCCAUCUCUUCUACAGUUCCACACAACCUCCAAGCCCAGCCUACUCAGAGCUAGAUACGCAGCACCUCCUCCCCCUUCCCCUAGACUCGUCCAGCUACACUGCACUUAUACUGUUUUAUAAUCACUAUGAUGUUCUUAUCCGCCCUCGCUCUGGCCACUGCAGUCUUUUCAACUGUUGCGACUGCAACUGACCCCAACAAGUGGCCGCCCGUACCUACUUGGUUGCCUGAACACGGAACCUCGAACUGGCCACCUCUCUGCUUUGUUGGAGUGCAAGAGCAAACUAGUGGCUUCCAAGAGGAUAUUGGCCUGCUUCGGACUGCCCCCCCUUCCGUGUCAGAUAGCCGGAGUUGGAUAGGAAUCGAUGCUGGACCAGGCAACUGUCAAAUCAUAAAGUGCACUUCAAUUGGGUUCCUCCCAGACGUCAUUCAGAGGACGGGAGCGGCCGUCAAAGUAUGCAACGAUAAAACCAUACCCAUCUGGAUUCCAACCAAUUGGGUGGCGGACUUUGCACAGGGUAUCGUUGAUUAUUGCACUUCUCCCGCUCAAAACGGAGAAACAGUCACCCGUGGACAACUGUUCGAUAUUUCUAGCGACUGGAAUGUCAUUCUCACUCAGGUUGACCAGUGUUAGCAAAUUAUUGUCUGAACAGUAGUGGAAAUUCGCUUCAAGGUGUUAUUAGAUUGUAGUUAAUAAGGCGGCAACUUUCGGGUUGAAUGCCUUUAUGUCAGCUACCUUCGACUGUGUUAUAGAUGCUGUGAAAUGAGUACUUUACGUACU